AUGAAGCUCCGCUGCGCGUCCGAGGCCAUAACCAUCAGCCACUUUGGCGAGGCCUCCGUUGAUUUCAUCGCUGACCAUGUGGUGAACAAGAUUGAUUAUCCGGCAAUCCGUGUGGACAAUCCUGAGACAACUUAUCAUGAAGAGAUUCCUGGGUAUACUUGGAUCAAGUUGUCUUCUGGAACUCCGAUGAAGUACAUUCGAAUCAUGGUCAUCUCUGUUUUCGAGUGCAAGGAUCCUCCCGCUGUUGACGGCAUACCCAUUCUGAUUAUGAAGAAUCCAGAUCUCAACUUGAUCGGUCAGACUGAAGAAACAAUGAAGGCCAACACCACCUCGUUUCAUCCUGACGUUGUGAAAAGGUGUCAUUCAACCGGUGAGGUGGUAUUUACUUGUGCCGAGUGUUUGUACGACCCCACUCUCUUUUCGAAGAUGAUGGACAAGAUCUCACAGGAGCAACGUAUCGCCAACAAAUGGGAUGACCUUCCGGUUGAGAAAAAACGAUUUGGCUUGUACUACUGGAUUGGCUGUAAUGUCUUUGGUUUCCGUGAGAGGACUCCACUUCCCCAGUGUGUUGUGGCUUACGUGCGUCAUCAUUAUCCCAAUGAAGACGAGAAGAAAGGCUACAAGGGCUUUGUUCCUAAGUACACUCACCAGUCUAUCAAGGCCCCGCUCCCUGUGGAAGAAGACAAGUCGAAGGAACAAGAUGACGAUUCGAGUGAAGACAGUUACAGCUCCCCCGAGUAUGCUACUCAUGAGGAAAUGCUUCAAGUUACGCGUGAUGCCCUUUCUCUUAACCAAAAGGACUUCGACACACAGGAUUCCGAGAUUAACUAUGAUGAACCUACUCGCGAGGACUUCGAACAGUAUGCAAAGGAGAUUGCAAAUGAGGAAGGCAAUUGA